AUGAGCUUCAGAACCGUUGCACUCCUUCAGAGCAGCCGACGAUUGUUGGCCUGCGCUGAAGCAAGAAAUAUUCACACAGCAGCUCCUCGUUACGGAGUGAUUCGAGAUGCCGGGGACAAGGCCGCAGAAGUGGCCGAAGCUGCAAAGGAAAAAUUGAACGAAGCUGGUCACAAAAUCAGCGAGACCGGACACAAUAUCAAGGAGAAGGUGAAGGACGGCUUCGAGAAGGUAAAAGAAAUGGGCGAAGACGUAAAGGAAAAUGCUGAGGAGAAAAUGCGACGCGGUUACGAGAGGGCCAGAGAGGCUUCAAAGGAUGCCAAAGAAGCUGUUGAGGAAAAAAUGGAACAUGGCAAGAGAUCUGUGCAAGAUACGAUGGAACGUGGAAAAAGAACAGCUGAAGAGAAAUUGGAACGAGGCCGGAGAUCGGUCGAGGACAAAAUGGAACAUGCCAAGAGAGUAUCCGGAGAAGAAGAACUGAAAGCCGAUCGAUUUGCUCAUGAAAAACUACGGGAAGCUGAGGAUAAUCUCAAGCGCGGAAUCUAAAUGGUUUAGAACCCCAGCUGAUUUGUCUGUUGAAAACACAUGACUUGUGAUGUAGAAUUCGGAGAUUUUGCCUGUUUUUAUGUUCUUCUCGCUUUGUAAUAAGGUUUGUAUAUAGAUGGAUAAGUUAGAAAAACGCUGGCUCAUAUGUCAGAUAUCAGGUGGUUGACAGUUGUGUAGCUGUAGCGAUUCUGACGUGUACAUUUGUGAUUUCAUGGACGUAAAUAAAUAUUUGAACGAAC